AUGGCGGCCCAAAGCGAAGAUGUCGAGUUCAGUCCGAUCCGGACGGAACUGCAUUGGUCCCAGACCCAAUUUGACAAUGUCAAGUUUGCCGAUUUUAAUAAUGUGCAGGUCGCCCAGUAUGGAGAGGUUCAAUACUUUCAGCAGCCCCCGGACUCGGACGAAGAAAACGCAAAUGGCGUGAACGGUGAAGGUGACGGCGCCGGUUCAGGCUCACACCCGGAAGGAGGUGAAGCGCCGGUAGAAGAGGCGGUGCCUGCCGCUGGCGCUUCGGCUUCGAAGAAGAAGAAGAAAAAGAACAAGAAGAAAGGCGAAAAAGCAGCAGAGAAGGCCGCUGAGCCAGAGCCUGCCCCAAAGCCGGAACCAACCGCCGAGCCUGAGCCCGAGCCCGCACCCGAGCCCGAGCCCGAGGUGAAGCAGGAACCGGAGGAACCAACAACCUCCGGUGGCAACAAGAAGAAGAAGAAGAACAAGAAGAACAAAGACGAGAAGGACGCCAAGUCAAAAUCUCCCACCGAGGAGAAGGCCACCGAGCCGGAAUCUGCAACUCAGAGCGUCGAGGAGCAGCCCAAGAAAGAGGAGGUUACCAGCGAGCCUCAACCUAGCGACUCCGUGGAGACAGCCGCUGCCACCGAGAGCAAGAGCGACGAUGAGCCCAAGGCGGAGGAUCCCGCAGCUGCAUCCGCGGCUGCGACAGGGCCUGAGCCCGAGCCGCAGGUGACGGAAUCCAAGACUGAGGACUCUCCUGCCGCCGAGGCACCCUCUUCAGACAAGACCAUCGACACUGCGCCCGGAACUGAGGCAACUCCAGCCGAGCCCACCGCAGAGUCGACUGAGGCUAAGGCUGCUGCUGAAAAUGCUCCCCCACCCGCCGAAGAAGCCGCGCAAGCGGAGAAGCAGAAUGAGCCCGUCCCGGCUGAUGCUGAGGUUCCGGCUACGGGCGGACCGGCGGCUGAGGCAACCAAGGAGCUGGCUGCGGCUGAAACACCAGACGCUGCUCCUGCUGCCGAAGCCAGCGCUGAGACUGAGAAGUCGCAGGAAACCCAAGAGACGCCGGCUGCAGAAGGAGAAGCGACCAAGACCGGGGAGCCCGCAGCCGAGCCUGAGCAGAUUGCUGAAGAGAAGGCUUCAGCUCCCGAGUCGGAGGAGGCUCCUGCCCCGGCUGGGGAAGCUAAGCCUGCUGACCAGAGCCAGAACGCUGCUGAGCCCGAGUCUGAGGCUGCCGAGGUCAAGGAACAGAGUGCCCCUGAGGCGAAGGAGGGGACUUCCGAAGUCAAGGACGAGCCUGCUCCUGAGGCGAAGGAGGAACCUGCGGAAGCAAAGGAGCAGCCUACUCCAGAAGCCAAGGAUGAGCCUGCUCCCGAGGUGAAGGAGGAGCCGCUCGAGGUCAAGCACGAAACUGCUCCAGAAACCAAGGAAGAGCCGGCCGAGACCAAGGACGAGCCCGCCCCUGAGGUGAAGGAGGAACCUGCCGAGGUCAAGGACGAAGCUGCUACAGAAGCUAAAGUGGAACCCGCCGAAGCCAAGGAGCAGCCUGCUACCGAGGCUGAGGAGACGCCUGCUCCUGAGCUAGCUACCGAUGCUAAAGAGGACCCUACUCCUGAAACGACAGAGACAUCGCCUCCUGAACCUCAAGCCGACGAGGUCAAGGAGGAAUCGGAGCCGGCUCCCGAGAAAAAGGACGAACCCGCUCCCCCGUCCGAGUCUGCAGAGGAGGUAAAGGAGGAGCCAGCUGCUACCGAUGCCGCUGCAGCAGAGGUAGCAUCCAAAUUUGUUGAUGAGCCCUCUGAGGUGACUGAAAAGGAUGGCCCCGCUGAGGCUGCUGCCUCCGAGGAAGGGCUUGCUCCCGAAGCUGCCACAGAGGCUACCCCGGCCGAACCGGAAAUCAAGGAGGAGGCUCCAGCAACAACAAACGAAGAAACCUCCGAUUCUGCCAAGUCCCAGGACACACCUGCUAAGGAGGAGGGUACCGAGGCCAUUCCUGAGACAGAGAUGGAAUCUGCCGCCGAGUCUGCCGAUGCUGCUGCUAAGGACACGCCAGCGGAGAAGAGUGAGGAGCCAGCGGACGCCAAGGAGUCGGCGGAUCCUUCUGCCGAGGAGGCUGCCGUUGCUGACAAGGCAAGCCCUGCUGAGCCUGCGCCUGCCGAAGUCGCUAAGAGCGAGCCCGCGACUGAAGCCCCCGAGGCUGAUGAGUCCAAGGCGGCAGAGGCGCCCGAGCCGGAGAAGGCUGAGACUAAUGAGCAGUCGACCGAGGCCGUCAGCAAAGCCGAGGAGAAGGCUGAAGAGGAGAAGCCUGCCGUUGAUAAUGGGACUGCUGUCGAGGCUGAGAAACCAGCGGAAGUCAAUCCUGCUGAAGAGGCCGAGCCUGCACAGACCACGGCUGAGGCCGAAUCUGCUCCUGCCACUGAAGGCGACGUCGACAAGCCGGAAGAGAAGGCCGAAGACACACCUGCGGCCGAGGUAAAGGCGGCCGAACCUCAGGAGGUCAAGGCGGAGGAGACGGCAGCCGAAACCGCUGUAACUGCGGCUGAUCAGCAGGAAGAAUCCAAGCCUGCCCCUGCCGAGGAAACCCCGGCGGGUAAGGAGGAAGUAGCUCAAUCUGAAAAGCAGGCUACACCCGAGAAGGUGGAAGAGGCUAAGCCUGAAUCUGUCGAAGAAGAUUCCAAGGCUGAGUCUGCUGAAGAAUCCAAGCCUGAACCUCCUGCUGAGGAACCCAAGACUGAGCUUCCUGCCGAGGAAUCCAAGGCUGAGGCCGAAGCCGACGUCAAGGCUGAGCCAGUCGAAGAAGCCAAGGCUGCGCCGGCUGAAGAGGGCAAGGUCGAGCCUGCUGGGGCUCCUCAGGCCGAGGUUCAGGAGGAGGCCAAGGCCGAGUCGACCGAGGAAGCCCAGGCGGAACCCACAGAAGACGCUCCCGACGCUGAGAUUAAGGCUGAACCAGUUGAGGCCGCCAAGGAUGAAGUUAAGGAAGAACCCAUUGAAGACAGGAAGGCAGAAGCUGUUAAGGAACCGGAGACCGAAGUCACCGAAGAGGCAAAGCCGGACUCCGUCGUGGAGCUUAAGGUUGAAACUGAGGCUGCUACGACAGAUGCAGAACCUGCUGUCGAACAAGAGACUAAGGCCGAAACCGCCGAGGCAGCAAAUGCUGAGCCGGCUGAAGAAUCCCAGCCUGCACCAGUUGCAGAGGCCGCGGUCGAGUCUGCAGAGGAAGCCAAGACAGCGCCCACCCAAGAGGCACCGGCGGCACCGGCGGAGGAACCUGCUCCCGUCGAAGUUGCGCCUGCAUCGACUGAAGAGGUCAAGGCAGAGCUUGUGGAGGAGACUAAACCGGAGCCGGCUGAGGAGGCUAAAACAGCUGAGGAAGUCAAGGUUGAGUCUGACGAAGGCAAGGCUAAGCCAGCUGAAGAAGAAGCGGAGCCUACCGAGGAGGCCAAGCCUCAGCCUGUUGAACAAGCCAAAUCUGAGUCUCUCGGUCAAGAAGCUCGGCCCGAGACUGCCCCAGAGCCCGCCCAGGAAGUGGCGGUCGAACCUGAAACGACUAAGCCGGCAGUCGAAGGAGCCCUUCCGUCAGCCGAAGAGAAACCGGCUGACACGCCCACCCCAGCUCCAUCUCAGGACGAGAAGGCCGAAGACCCCAAGGCAAACGGAAAAGAAGGUCCAGAGACGGCUCCUGCACCAGCACAAGAGGAGACUACACUGGAAGAAAAGCCCAAGGAAUCUAAGACAGAGGACGGAGAGAGCAAAGACACGGUUGGGCCAAUUCCCAGCGAACAGAAGGUGGCUGAGAAGAAGGCGACAGGUGAGGCACACCCAGUAUUGCUUGAUACCCCCGGUGGUAGUGGAACGGCGGAGCAGAACGCCCCAGAGUGCAUUUCACAACCAACGGACACGGACUUGGACUUGCAACUUCCGGAUACCCAUGAUACCCAGGACACGAGUUUGACGACUUCGACUGUAAAUGAUGAUACCCCUGAUACCCCCAAACAACUUAAUACCGGUGCUACGGCCGGAGAUAAUGAGAAUGACGCGGAAAAGGUCUGUUCCGACGCUGGCGCGGAGCAGGUUCAUGAGAUUGCAACAUCAGAACGCACAGCGGACGGCGAGCAGGCUGGCUCCGCGACUGCUACGACGGCAGGCACCGAGGGCAGCACAAACCCCCAAGAGCCUCUGCCGCAAGCCGCUUCUGAGAUCGCGCCAACCACGGAAGUUGAGACUCAGACUGAGGCUAAGGUUGAGGCCGAGGCCGAGGCUGAAGCUCAAGUGACCAGUGCCGGAGAGCCUGGUGAAUCAGUGGCUGGCCAGUCCUUGGCUCAAGAAAGCGGCGACGACAAACCUCAAACGGAUGUCGAAACGACGACAACAGAGCCGCAGCAGCAAACGGAACAGACCAGUGCGGGCGAGGAAGCCCUCCCUGCAGAGGCAAGCAACGCUGACGUGCCUGCUCCUGUUACCCAAGAGGAUGGACACCUCCCUAGCACCGACAUCAAGGAGGCCGCCUCGGAGCAAACCUCGGCCCAGUCUGUUGAGGCGGCUGAAGAGGAACUGCAAGCUGAGAAGUCGGCAGCACCCGGCGCUGAGACAAGCGAGGAGGCCGUCCUCGAAAAGAUUGUUCCAGAGGUUGCUGAGGGGGAGAGUACUGCUGAAAAGGAGGAACGAGUCCCUGUCGAGGAGGACAUCACUGAGGCUGGAGAUGUGCCACUCCAGACCAGUCAUGACGCAGAUGCAGCUGCCGAAGCCGAGACUGUGUCUGAGCCGGUUCAAGUCGACGAGAAAGAGGCCCCGGUAACCGUUACAACCGAGGAGUCGACGCAGGCACCAGAAGUACAGGAGACGGUUCAGGAACCUACUUCUGAUACAGCAGAAGAUAAGAAGACGGCCUCGGUUGUCGAGGAGCCUGCGGCCCCCAACGUUGCUGCCGAGGAGCCGGCACAGGUGCUGGAAGCCCAAGAUAGCAAGAAUAAUGCGACGGUGGUGCCACACGAUGUGAAGGAGCCUGAGCCGAAGGCGGAUGACCUCGCGGUUGACACCUCUCGCUCCCUUGAGAGUGAUGCAACUGCGGCUGCUGAGGUUGCCUCGAGCGUCCCGGCCGUCGAAGCAUCGCCAGAAACUCCAGCGGCCGCGAAGGCCAUCGAUGAAGCAGCAGCUGGUUCGCCGACUCCGGAAGCAACAGUGCCUGGCGAGGCAACCGUACCCGAGGAACAUCCUUCCACAGAGGACCCGAAGCUUGUCGCUCAACCUGGUGCCGAGCUCACCGCCGAGGAAGUCCAAGCCAUCGCCCAGGUCGCUACCACGACACAGGACCCGACCACUGAGCCUUCUGUUCCUGAGCCUACCCAAGCCACGGUGGACAAGCCUGGAUCUGAAGUGGAAGCUGUUGCCACUGAAAACGUAGAGGCCGAGGGCCCUGCCAACAUUGACGCGCCUCCUGGUGUGGAAGGGCCCGUCACGGCUGAGCCACCCCCCAUCGUUGAAUCAUCUCCUAGCGCUACGGGAACUGGCGAGGUUGAUGACGUUCAAAAGGGCCAGACUACGGAGAUCCCCGAGGCUGAUGGCGUUGUUCAAGUCGACAGUCCCUCAGCUGAAGAGACCGUGGCAGUUGAGGAACUGACCCCAGCGGAGGAUUCGGUCCAAGCUGCCGAUGCUGUGAGCACCAAACAGUUGGCCGAAGCUGAUCAGCAUGCCGUAGUAGAUGAUCCAUCUGUAGCCGAGGAGCCUGCCAGCACGCCGGAAACUGUUGCACCUGCGCCUUCCGUUGAGGCUGAAGAGGCGAUCCAGGCUGCGGGGGCCGUCGAAGCCCCGAAGCCUGCUGAAGCUGAGGAGCAUGCGCAUGCCGAGCCAAUUGCUCAAGCAGAGGCAGAUACCAAGGCUGGGGAAUCCGUCGCGCACACCGAGGGCGUGCCGGCUGAGCAGUCCGUCAUUCUCGCGGAGCCUGCUGCUGUCGAGGAGCCUACCAAGGGUAACGAGGCUGAAGACGUGGUGGCUCGGGCAGUCGACGAAACCGUUUCAAAGGAUGCUGCGACCGUCGAGGAACCUGCCGUCAAGGAAGAGCCAGACGACAACCUUGAACCUACCUCUCAGGCCACGGCCAGCGAGGCAGCAACAGAGGCCGCCGCCGAGACGGAGGUGACCGAGCCAGAUCUCAAGGCAACGCACCUCGAGACUGGCAAGCCAGAGCCGAGCGAAGUCUCAUCACCGCGCGAGACGGAGCAGGUUGGCCCAGAGACGGCUUCCGAGGAGUAUGUUAUGGUUGAGGAGGCUGCCUCAAUUCCGCAUGACAACCAGUCAAUUGUGACUCCCACCGCCGAGGUCCCGGCCGCUGCCGAACAAUCCACCGCUUCUUCCCUUGAGAAGGUGAUUGUAUCUGAGCAGCCCGAGGAUGGCCAGGAUGUCGCCACCUCCCGCGACUUGGCGGCCGACGAGCCUGUUGCCGCAGGCACCGAGAGCUUCCAGCUCGUUGGUGAAUCAGGCCUCAUUGACCAGUCGGCCGCGUCGUCGCAGCACGUCUCUACCUCGGAAUUGCCGUCCCAAGAGGGUGUCCCGGCAGCCGAUGCCGCGGCAGAUGAGUCCAUCGUCGUCUUGAGUGCGCAGACCUCCCAUCUGUCGACUGAAGGACCGGUCGUACUCGAGCAACAGCCUUCGCAAGACACCGCAAUCACUGCCGCUGUCGACGUUGAGCAAACACGAGCCACGGCCGAAGAUAAAAUCAUCUCUCCAAGCGAGCAGGUGGCCAAUGAAGCAGGGCAGCUUGAGACGAUCACCGCCAAGCCUAACGACGCUCCUGGCGUGGCUGUGAAUGAAACGACACUAGCACCAUCUGUCGUCGAAGAGAAGCCCUCAGUACAGGUUGCUGUCGCCGAUUAUGCUGUCGCGUACAAUGCUACGGCUGCCAACUUCGGCAUUGCCAGUCAAGUUGGCGGGGAUAGCCCUGUUGAACGCGUGGUGCACGGUACUGCUUCAGACUACGACCCGAGAGACACAACUCUCUCCCUCAAGACCGAGACGACGUACCCUCUGCCGACGGAGACAACACUUACUCUGCCCACCGACACAACGCUCUCGCUGCCUCACGGCGCGGCAGGGCCACUGCCUGAUGACAAAGCCGAAAUCGCCGCCACUGAAGACCUCUCGGCGAAGAAGCUCGCGGUCGGGGCAGGCAUAGCGGGAGCCGUGGGGACGGUGGGAGUAGCAACUGCUCUGGUUGCGCACAACUUGUCUGACAAACUUGAUGUGCCUCCGACAAUCUCGCGUCUUGAGGAACUCGCGAGCAAGCUUGAUGGGCCAGCGGCCUCAGACGCCGUUACUGCCGAGGAGAUUCCUGGAGAAGGGGCCAGACCUGACAAGGUGCCACCGUCGCAUAAGCCGGCUGAGCAAGCCGAGGCGAUGGAGUCGUCGCAGGUUGUGGUGGACAAAGUGGCCCCGCUCUCCGAGUCCUUCCACAUUGUCGAGAAGGACGCACCAGCCCAAGAAGAAGCGGCAAAGGGUGAGGAAAAGAAGGGAGCUUCUUCUGAGGAUGGUGAGGAAUCUGUCGCGCGGUUUGCUGUUGUUGCUGGUGGCGAGGAAACGAAGGCUGACGAUGGCUCUCUGGGUGCUCCAAGGCCGACAACCGAAGAAACAGGAUCCGGCCAGCAAGGAGACGUCGUUCUGGACUUCCGUGUACCCACACCUGCUGUCAUUCUUCCUGACCUCGACGAUCCUGUGGCUAAGCAGCUAGGCCGGAUGCGCAGCCUGCGCCGGCAGCGGAGGAAGACAAUCAAGCAGGCCGAGGAGAUGGUGGCCGCCGCCGUGGUGCUCUAUGCUACCGCCGAGGCCUUCAGUCCGCCGGGUAGUCCGAGACUCGCGAGUCCAGAGACCAGUGUCCUUGGUUCGCCCGAAAUGCAUUCUGAUGCGAAGGGGAAGGGGAAGGAGGCCGAGGUGCACGCCGCAUCUCCCCAGGAUGAUCCGUCCGGAAUCGAGCAGGAUAGGGGCAGAUCCAGGUCGAGAGAUCUUCCUGAACCUGUUGCUGACCUCUCAGUAGACGCCAAGAUCAGGGAACCUCUCAAGGCCGAGGACUCCAGGAUUGCCCACAGCUCGCGACGCCACAGCCACCAUUCUUCCCGCCACCGGUCUCACCGCGACAGCCGAGACGGAAGUAAGGAUGGAUCCAGACGUUCCCACCGGUCCAGGUCAGACAGCCACGCAUCGGUCCGCUCGCGUGGCGAGGAUGAACCCCCGCGCACUCCGAUUCGCGAAGACGCCGGCUUCGGCGAGCAUAGGAGCAGCCCUCACUCCCGGAGACAUCGGACCCCCGAGGAACAGGCCGCUCACGAGAAGCGCAAGGAGGAGCGGCGCCGUGCCCGCGAGCUGGAGAAGGCCAAGGACGGCGCGCCAAGCUCGCCAGCCAGCGCAGACAGGGACAGGGACGGGUCCGCACCGCGCGAGCGCUCAGAGCGGUCCUCGGAGCAUCACCGCCACUCGCACCACCGCGAUUCGCGUCGGCACAGCCAAAGCCGGCACAGCAUGGAGCCCAGGCCAUCCAACGUAUCCAUCCCCCCCUCGCCCGCGGCCAGCAAGAGGUUCUUCGACAUCAAGAACGGCCAGAGCGUGCUCGAGGUCAACUUUGGCGUCGGGCCCCGCGACACGUCUGCGUCGAACGGCCCGCCGCCGACGUCGUCGGGCUCCGCCUCCAAGACGACCGUCACGGGCGGUGGCGCUCCGCCGGAGCUCAGGCGCAGCAGCACCAGCAGGGUGCGCCGGUCCGAGGAGCGCGGCAGCAGGGAAAACAAAGACCGAGACAGGGAGAGGGAAAGGGAGAGGGAGAGGGAGAGAGAGAGGGAGAGUGAGCGAGACAGGCCGUCGACGGCGGAGCAGAAGGCUACCAAGGCCUCGGUUGCGUCGGCAGGCGAGGCGGCCGUGGCUGGGUCGUCGUCGUCGGCGAGCGGUGGCGAUGUGGACUCGCAGGCCCACAGGGCAAAGAGGCAGGAGAAGAGAGAGCGGGCCAAGGAGAAGGAGGCCAAGGAAAAGGGCGGUAUCAGGGCCGCUAUCAAGCGGUUCUUUUCGAGCAGUUCGUGA